AGUGCAUCAGUGUGCAGCAGCAGCAUUGAGUGUGUGUGGCUCAGUUUUCCCAGCCUGCCUCCCAGCUCUGACUCAGACUAUCCUGUGCAGAGAAGGGGAGACUGGCAGACAGGCGGCGAGCAGACUGCCUGCACUCUCUCUCUCCCUCUCUCUCCCUCUCUCUCUCUCUCUCCCUCUUUCCCUCUCUCUCCCUCUUUCUCCCUGGACACUCCCUCUCCCCUGGGUCCUUCGAGCUGCCUAGACAAAGAUCAUUGCCCCCUUCAUUUUGGCAGAGAAUGCUGCAUGGUUGAAGGCACUAAGUCUCUGACAGAAAUACUUCUUAUUGGCAGGAAAUUCUUUGGUAUGCUAUAAAUCCACCAUGGAAUCACCCCAGAAACUGCGUAUUCAGGGAAAUGAGAACCUUCAGCGCAUGAUGGCAGGGGCCAUGCUGCGGAAGGUGAAGUCUCGUUCCUCAAAGACUAAACGCCAAUUUAAACUGCUAGAAGACUGUGCAACGGUUGGAUACCAAUCCAGCUGGACCAAGAUGUCGAAUUCCUCCUUCUCUGUCUGUGAUGUGGAGGCCGUGCGUGAGGGGCACCAGUCUGAAGUUCUGCAAAGCCUUGCAAACGAGUUCCCCCCAGAGUGCUGCUUCACGCUGGUCUUCAGAGGCCGACAAGGGAACCUGGACCUCGUCGCUGAGACAGCGGAAGAGGCACAGGCAUGGGUACAGGGUCUACGCACUCUCAUUGAAAAUAUGGAGAGCAUGGAUGAUCGUGAGAAGCUCGACCAAUGGAUCUCUGACUGGUUUGUGAAGGCUGACAAAAACAAAGAUGGCAGGAUGAACUUCAAGGAGACCCGGAAGCUUCUAAAAAUGAUGAACCUAGACAUGAAUGAGCAGCACGCAAUGCUACUUUUCAAGGCAGCAGACAAAUCUCAGACGGACACCCUGGAGGCAACUGAGUUUGUGGUGUUCUACAAAAUGCUGACCGAGAGAAAGGAAAUCCUGGCCUUGUUCCAAGAGUACUCCAGUGAUGGCAAGAAACUGUCCGUGUGCGAUCUGGAAGACUUUCUCCGCGAGGAGCAGCAGGAGGGGGACACCAGUCAGCAACACGCUCUUGAGCUGAUCGAACGAUACGAGCCCUCACAGAAGGCUAAAAAGAACCAGUACAUGUCCAGAGACGGCUUCCUAAUGUACCUGUACUCCCCCGAGGGCUCCAUCUUCAACGCGGAGCACAGGGCUCUGUACCAGGACAUGAGCCAGCCCCUCUCUCAUUACUACAUCUCCUCCUCACACAACACCUAUCUGCUGGAGGACCAGCUCAAGGGGCCCAGCAGCGUGGAAGCUUACAUCCAGGCCCUGAAGCGAGGCUGCCGCUGCGUAGAGGUGGACUGCUGGGACGGUCCUAAUGGGGAGCCCAUCGUCUAUCACGGACACACCUUGACCUCCAAGAUCCUCUUCAAAGAUGUUAUAGCCUCCGUGGCCAGCUACGCUUUUAAAGUGUCAGAGUACCCUGUCAUCAUAUCGUUGGAAAACCACUGUAGUAUCGAGCAGCAGCAAGUCAUGGCCAAACACCUGAGCAGCAUCCUGGGAGACAGCCUCCUCAGAUCCACCGUGGACGGCAGAGUGCCUACUGAGCUUCCCUCUCCAGAGGAUCUGAAAGGCAAGAUACUGAUCAAAGGGAAAAAGAUAGGUGGCAUUGAGGAUCAUUUGGACGCGGCACAGGACACGCUGACAGGUGAAGUGAGUGAUGAAGACGAGGCUGCAGAGAUGGACAAGGACAGCCUUCAACCUGACGAUACCAGCCAGAAAGACAAGAAGUCAAAGCAGAGUCUGUGUAAGGAGUUGUCUGACCUGGUGGUGUACUGCAAGAGUGUCCACUUCCAUGGCUUUGAAAAGGCUCGAGAGACAGGGAAGUCCUAUGAGAUGUCCUCCCUCUCAGAGUCCAAGGCCAGGAAAUGCAUCAAGGAUGCAGGGACAGAGUUUGUGCGGUAUAACAGCAGGCAGCUGACCAGAAUCUACCCCAGUGGCAUGAGGACAGACUCAUCUAACUACUGUCCCCAGGACAUGUGGAACGUGGGUUGCCAGAUAGUGGCCCUGAAUUUCCAGACAGCUGGCACUGAGAUGGACCUCAACGACGGCCUCUUUAAUCAGAACAACUCUUGUGGCUAUGUUCUUAAGCCUGACUUCUUACGUCAAUACGACAGUGUCUUUGAUCCAGACAGACCUCUGGAUUUUCCUAGCUGCUCCCCAAAGAAACUCAUCAUCAAGGUAAUAAGUGGUCAGCAACUCCCCAAAGUCAAUAAAAAGGAAGGCUCGAUAGUAGACCCUCUCGUCAGGAUAGAAAUAUUCGGUGUACCACAGGACCAGAACAAACAAGAGACGAAAUACAUUGAUAACAAUGGAUUUAACCCUGUAUGGGAAGAAAACCUUUUGUUCACCGUCCACACUCCUGAGCUGGCGCUUUUGCGCUUUGUUGUGGAAGACCAUGACACGACAACAAGGAACGAUUUCAUGGGGCAGUACACCAUACCAUUCACAUCUAUCGUACAAGGAUAUCGCCACAUUCAUCUGUUGUCCAAAGAUGGCACAUGUAUUGCUCCGUCCUCUUUAUUUGUGCAUAUCCAAAUCAAAGACCUUGCAUGAUCCACAGAUGAUGCCCUGCUGAUACACCAAAAUGCAUUAUUGGCCUGUGUUAAAGGCAUUAUAGUACCUCAUAUGAUCCUAUGCUGUCUUAUCUUUCUUCAAUGGAGGCAACCAAAAUGCAAUGACAAUGUCUUUAAAUGGCACUUCUACAGGGGCGGAGACAAAUUGGAUUGAGAAAGUAAAUGUAAAUGUGAUGCCAGAUAUACUACUAAGGCAAAGUGCAGUAACUACAUGUUUUGUCAAAAUUGAGUUUGACUGAAAAUGGUUUAUGGUCCAAAUGUGUAACUACUGUAACUACAAUAUCAAACCUAAUGCAAAGCCUUUGAAGGCAUUUUCUCAGUUUCAAUGUUGGCAUAGUUACUGCACUUUGCCUUUGUAGGGUAGUAUCCCCUCUGCCUGUGCAUCCAACACAGGUGAUUUCACACAUUUACUUGCUCUUCAACCUGGCUGCGGGGGUGUGGUAAGUAGGAUCAGUGAUUUAUUGAAUUGGCUGUAGCAAAUGUGUGGUGGGAUUUUCACUUUCUGAACCUGGGAUGUCCUCCCCUGCACUUAAAUGAUGCUUUAAAGCAGUGGUUCUCAACCUUUUUUGCAUAAACGCCCCCUGGACCUCAUCAUAGGCCUCCCAAUGCCCCUUUGACCUCAUAAACCUGCCACCGCCCCCCUUAUUAUUAAAAAAUAAAAUAGACUAAUGCCCCCCAAUGGCAACUAAGCACCUCCCGCUCUCAGAUGUAUCCUCAACGCCCCCCAAGAGCUCCCCAACGCCCCCUGGGAGGCUGUAUCGCCCCCCGUUGAGAAACACUACUUUAAAGGAAGCGGUGUUGAUGAGCACUGCUCAUGCUACCUGAGGAGAACUAGGAUUACUAGCAUGUAAAACUGGGCAUGCAUGCACCUCUGUGCAAACUAGUAGCUGUCACCCUGAUGUCUUAAAACGUUCCAUCUCAUGUAAACUGGUCAAUGAACUCUCAUACUAAUUCAUUUGUUCAGAAAAAAAGUUUCAGGGUUUUGAUGCAUUGCCAUAAGUGCCAAAAUGAUCUAAUCAAUGUCUCUGCAUAGCAUGCAAUACUGUCUAUAUCUUAAUCAGUAUAAACUAUAUGAAUCCUGCUGCUAACUAACCUCUGGUUGUGAAAGGGAGAACAAGGUAAAUUUAUGCACUACUAAUACUCAGUAUUAUCUUUGUUUUAUUAUGUGAAGGAAAAUGUUCAAGCACCUUUACAAAGUUACUUUACAAAGAUUUUUUUAAAAAGUGUUUUUAAUGUUUGACGUUUCAUGAAAAGUUCCGUCUCUUAUCUUUUAUUUAUUUGUUUGCUAUUCAUGUGUAAUAGCGCUGUUUGAAUUUUUUGUUGCCUACAUUUCAGAAGAAAAAAAGAACAGUCAGCCGAGAUGGCGUACCAUCCUCUGUAAACAUAAACCACGUUAUUUUUUCCCCAUUUUACAACUUGCAACUGUAACAAGAUUUUCAUGACUUCACGUACACUACAAGUAUUGUACAACUAUACAUUUUAAGAAGCUGGACCUGCUUUUUGAAAGACAACUAAGCUGAAAAUAAACCAAAUUUUCACCAAAACCAAAAUUCCAUUUGUCUCACACUGUCAUUUACGAGGGAAUAUGAGGGUACAAAAAGUAUUAAUGGCAUUCUACAAUACUGGCAUUUGGCAAUAUUUUUUAAGGCCUAGAAGCGUCUAAAUGUCUGUGACUUGUCCGUGUUCUUGACUGUCAAACGUCUGUAAAAAAAUAACAAUGGCAGGAACAAGGCAUUAAUUAGCCUCUUGUGGCUAAAAAUAUGUUCCUUCCAAGCAGCACAUUCUGUUCAUUUAUCAUCAGUACAUAGACAUUUCUCCACAAAACCUGUAAAUAUUGAACAAAAAGACAAAAAAGAGUGUAAAAGGAGAAAAAUGAAAACAAAAUAAAACUAGAAAUGCACUCAGAGAGUGCAGACCUCCGCCAAGGUAGCUGAUUGAUAGAACAUUUGACAAUGUCACACCCUAUUUUUAUUUGAAGUCUUUCUGGCUUCUUUUUGAGUUAGAAACUGGAAUGUUAAAACUCGCCCUGUCCACAAUUUAAUUUGUGGUCACUAGGGACGUCUAGAUUUCUAGGCUAGCAAUUGUGAAGAAUCACUAUUGGAGGAUCACCACCAGAAUUUAAUCACUUGUUCCUUGAGUCACUUCCAACAACUCCACAAAGUUUCAUCCA